AUGAACAACAUCAAGCUUUACGUGUCGGACUCUACUUUGAAAGCUUCAGAAGUGGAGAAACGAUGGACGCUGAAUGAUUUUGAUAUCGGGAAACCCCUUGGAAGAGGAAAGUUCGGCCAUGUCUACCUAGCCAGGGAAAAGAAGAGUAACCAUAUCGUGGCAUUGAAAGUGCUUUUCAAGAGCCAGCUCAAACAAUCUCAAGUUGAGCAUCAACUGCGACGUGAAGUUGAGAUACAAAGCCACCUCCGGCAUUCAAACAUAUUACGCCUAUAUGGUUACUUCUAUGAUCAGACUCGAGUUUACUUGAUACUGGAAUAUGCAGCUAAAGUUGAACUCUACAAGGAACUACAGAAGUCCAAAUGCUUCAGUGAGAGGCGAACUGCUACAGUACUUCUAUAGAUUCUUCCUCAUGAUAUUUUUGUUUAUCAUGGCAACGUCCAGAAGUCUAUGGCAGCCGCUUCUGCUGAGGGUGGCCUCGAUCCCAUACUUGCCUACACUGCCGGAGCAGAGAUCGAGCAACUGUAGUGGUCUUCCUCCUAGCCCGACUGGGUUGCCAUUGCCUACUCCACUAAGCUUCAGAUUCUGAGAGUUUAAUGGAAAGCAAAUGGAUAUUAGAGCAGUAAAGAUAUUGCCUUUGACUCAGCGCUUUUCAUUGUACUACAUC